GCCACGCCGUCGUCGCUCUCCCCUCCCAGCCACCGCCUCCGCCGGGCUGAGCAGCCAGGAGUCCGCGGCGCCCGCUCGCGGCCGCGGGAUGGGGAGCUAGCGCCACGGCGGCCGCAGUGGCCGCAGCCCAGCCGACCGCCGCCCCCGGGCCCGUCCCACCGGGAGCUCCGGGCGCAGUCAGCCCGGCCCCGAACCAGGCCCGCGGGCGGCGGCGGCGGAGGAGCUGGACAGGUGCGUGUGGCUGGAAGAUGGCGCCCUCGGGCCCCGGUGGCGUGAGGCGGCGGUGCCGGCGGGUGCUCUACUGGAUCCCGGUGGUGUUCAUCAGCCUCCUGCUGGGCUGGUCCUACUACGCCUACGCCGUGCAGCUGUGCAUAGUGUCCAUGGAAAACAUUGGGGAACAAGUUGUGUGCCUGAUGGCUUAUCAUCUUCUUUUUGCAAUGUUUGUCUGGUCAUACUGGAAAACUAUUUUUACAUUGCCCAUGAAUCCUUCAAAAGAAUUCCAUCUCUCUUAUGCAGAGAAAGAAUUGUUGGAGAGAGAGCCAAGAGGAGAAGCCCACCAGGAAGUUCUUAGGCGAGCUGCCAGAGACCUCCCCAUCUAUACCAGGACCAUGUCUGGAGCAAUCCGAUAUUGUGACAGAUGCCAACUUAUAAAACCGGACCGCUGCCAUCACUGCUCCGUCUGUGACAAGUGUGUUUUGAAGAUGGAUCAUCACUGCCCAUGGGUGAACAAUUGCGUUGGAUUUUCAAAUUAUAAAUUCUUCCUCCUCUUCCUGGCUUAUUCCCUGCUGUACUGCCUUUUUAUUGCGGCCACAGAUUUACAGUAUUUUAUCAGAUUUUGGACAAAUGGCCUACCUGAUACUCAAGCCAAGUUCCAUAUUAUGUUUUUAUUCUUUGCUGCAGCUAUGUUUUCUGUCAGCUUGUCUUCUCUGUUUGGUUAUCAUUGUUGGCUAGUCAGCAAAAAUAAAUCUACGUUAGAGGCAUUCAGAAGUCCAGUAUUUCGACAUGGAACAGAUAAGAAUGGAUUCAGCUUGGGUUUCAGCAAAAACAUGCGGCAAGUUUUUGGUGAUGAGAAGAAGUACUGGUUGCUACCCAUUUUUUCAAGUCUAGGUGAUGGCUGUUCCUUUCCAACUUGCCUUGUUAACCAGGAUGCUGAACAACCACCCACUCCUGCAGGACUGAAUUCAACAGCUAAAAAUCCUGAAAACCAUCAGUUUCCUGCCAAGCUGUUGAGAGAAUCCCAGAGCCACCUUCUUACGGAUUCUCAGUCUUGGACAGAGAGCGGCUCAAACUCUGGGAAAGGCAAAGCUGGUAUGAGCAAUCCUGCAUUAACUAUGGAGAAUGAGACCUAACUCUUCAAUCAAAAAAAUUCAUACUGUACCAAUGUUGUUAGAAGGAUGAAGAGGCUACCCACAGGAAGGCACCGUUGGCCAAUUGUCCCUAUAUCCCUUUGACUAAAUAUGAAGAUUUUUUUUUUUUCUUCAGUGCUGGGGAUCAAACCCUGGGGUAUGGAGAAUAUCGAGCAGUUAUUGCCAAGUCAAUACUUCAAGUAGAGCACGUUUUUGAUCCGAUGCAUAGAUUGUUAUAAGUAACAACAAAUCCCUAUUCUUUAAACUAAUUGUAGUUUAUGAAUUAAAGCAGAGCAAUCUUCUGCCAAAAACUGGGAAUAAGUUCAUGGGCCAGUUUUCACCCAAAUAUUUGGGUUGUGCAAUUGAUCACAUAAUACUAUUUGUUAUUUGCUAUCUAUUUCAGAAAAUUUAGAUUAAUCUUAAGAUUUAAGAGAUUUCAGUUCACAUAAUUACAAGCUUUAUUUGUGAAACCUGCUAAUUACCUUCAAGAAGAAGAAGGUAAGAAAUCAUACUGCCUUGAUUUUUUCCCUUGGUGUGAAUCUGGCUUCAGAUGAGAGAACUGUACUGAGUUCAUUACAAAGGCCAACUGGCCUACAACUGAAGAUCACCAUCCACUUUUGGCAGGUUUUCAAUCUAAUUCUAGCCUUUACCCCUUAUUGGAAAACAAGGAUGAAUUGUGAAGCUUGAAUUCACUGUUCAAAGCAAUUGGCUGGAAAACUAUUGUCAGAACUAAUAAUGUUUUAACAAAGGGCUUAUUUCAGAAAUUUAUUUUAUCUCUUCUAAAUUUAAAUUGGAGGAAAUUUAUGCUGAUAAUUAUGAAGAUUGGUUGAAAACACUCUUGCUGAUUUGGCUUUUACAAAAUCUCUGUUGAGGUUAUUUCCUGUAUCGAAUACGGCAAAAAUACUGAGUAUUAAGAAUUCCUGAUGGAUUAAUAGAUUAUUCCUAUCUUUGUUAUAUCUAUGUCCCUUUCAUUAAAAUUAUUAAGUCAACCUAUAUUUUUCCUCGAAUACCUAUCAAGGCUGAAUUAUGUAAAUUACUUAAAAAUCAUAUACUCAGCCGGGCCUUUAAUCCCAGCACUCGGGAGGCAGAGGCAGGCGGAUCUCUGUGAGUUCAAGUCCAGCCUGGUCUAUAUAGUGAGUUCCAGGACAGCUGGGGCUACAGACAGACCCUGUCUCAAAAAGACCAAAAAAACCAAAAUCAUAUACUCUUGGAAGUUUAGUUCAGCAUGAACUAAAUGAUUUGCUGUUUGGACAUUUAGUGUAAGAUAAACUGAAGCAAUGAUCAUUGAUGCCACAAGGUUCAGCUUCCAUCAAUGUACUCAGAAGCUCCUGUGCCUUUGUAUGCACUAUUUACAAAAAGAAAAAGUCCCGUUUUAAAAAAAUAUCUGGGGUGUAAGUUUUAUAAAUUAACCAUUAGAAUUAUAAGCUGUAUAUUUUCUUUGGUACUGAUUUUGAGAAUUUAAAGUAGAUUAGCUUUUAAAAACAGCUAAAUAAUUGAUGUAUGCAGAAAUUCAAUAAAAUGUAAAGACCAGGAGAUAAUGGAAUUUAAAAAAAUCCUUGCAUUACUCAUCCUUGCUGAAAGAGUUAUAGAGUUUUAUAAUAAAUGUGUUUUUGAGGAACCAAUGUCAGCCCAGUCCAUUUUAUAGUUCAUUUGGGUGCAAUUCUGUAAACAGUAGGAUGAUUAUUGAUAUUUUUAAGCUAGCAAGUGUAAUCUGACUGACAAUCUGCUUCAGGAAAUCUCAGAGGAUGUGAUACAUGUUUCCUGUUGUCUUCAAACAUUUUUGGUCAUUUGUCAUUACCUGAAGUGCCAGACUGGAACCUGGAGCUCCUGCUAGAAAUCAUGCAGGCAGCAGCAGGUGGUGCAGUAGGAAGUCUGAGCAGCCAGGUGCUCCUCAAAGCACAGCCUGGACAGGCUUCUGCUAGGCAUUUCCUCUUGUCAAACUGGAAGCUAGGGGGAGAAAAGGGAGGGAAUUUUGUGUUUUGCCUCACUAGAAUACUGUUAUUUCUCCUCCCAUAAAAUCUUUUAUGUACUUAAAUACCUAAGGUAAUACACCUUAG